CUCCCCAUCCCCGCUGCCUCUGCCCGGCGCCGCGGGCGGGAGCGGCGGGGCCGGGGCUGCGGGAGCCGGGGCUGCGCUGAGGCUCCGCGCUGCCCAUGAAGCGCCGGGCAGAGCCGAGCCGAGCCGGGACAGCUCCAGCCAUGUAUCCCGGCGCGCCCGCGGGCACAUGGGGCAGCGCUUGAACCGCUGCCUCGAUGUCCCCGUCGCGCUGCCGCCGCUGAGGCGGAGGCUCCUGCUGCUCUUCAUCAUGUUCUUCCUCUGGCUCUACAUGUUUUACUCCUGCGCCGGUUCCUGCGCGGGGCUGGCGGCCCGCGGCUCCCCCGCGCCUCCCCGCCUGCUCCCGCCGCUGCCGGCGGCUCCGGGGGACGCGGGCGAGGAGCUGAGCCCGGAGGAGCCGCGGGCAGCGCCCGACGGAGCCAUCUCCAGCUUCCUCAACGGCUCCGGCAGCAAGCGGCUGCCGCAGGCCAUCAUCAUCGGCGUGAAGAAAGGGGGGACGCGGGCGCUGCUGGAGUUCCUGCGGGUGCACCCGGACGUCCGCGCCGUCGGGGCCGAGCCCCACUUCUUCGACCGCAACUACGAGCGGGGACUCGCCUGGUACCGGGACCUGAUGCCCAGGACCCUGGAGGGGCAGAUCACCAUGGAGAAGACCCCCAGCUACUUUGUCACCAAGGAGGCCCCCGCCCGCAUCUCCGCCAUGUCCAAGGGCACGAAGCUGAUCGUGGUGGUGCGGGACCCCGUGACCAGAGCCAUCUCAGACUACACCCAGACGCUCUCCAAGAGGCCCGACAUCCCCACCUUUGAGAGCCUGACCUUCAAAAACAGGACUACGGGCCUGAUCGACACCUCGUGGAGCGCCAUCCAGAUCGGCAUCUACGCCAAGCACCUGGAGAACUGGCUCCUCCACUUCCCCAUCGGGCAGAUCCUCUUUGUCAGCGGGGAGAGGCUGAUCAGCGACCCCGCGGGGGAGCUGGGCAGGGUGCAGGACUUCCUGGGCCUCAAGAGGAUCAUCACCGACAAACACUUCUACUUCAACAAAACCAAGGGGUUCCCGUGCCUGAAGAAGGCAGAGGGCAGCAGCAAACCCCACUGCCUGGGGAAGACAAAAGGCAGGACCCACCCUGACAUAGACCAGGAGGUGGUGCAGAGGCUGCGGGACUUCUACCGGCCCUUCAACAUGAAGUUCUACCAGAUGACAGGGCAGGACUUCGGCUGGGACUGAGGCUGGCGUGGGAAAGUCCCCUGUAAUUACCUGCCCGGCAUGGUUUGCGUAUCUAAAGAGAUAUAUAUGUAUGUAAAAUGUACAGAGAUCUAUUUUAUAAUAAUUUAUUUUUAAUUCCUAAGCAAUUAAUUCACUAAGCUGCCUAACCGCACUGGCUAGAAUGGUAGCCCGUAACCUGUUUAACAUUCCACAGUGUUUAAUUCUAAUAUGUCCCUCCUUUUUAUUUCCCCCCCCCUCCUGUUUUCUCCUCCUAUGGUUUGGUUUGUAACAGACGGUGCUUCCAUUUUUUCCUAAACAGAAUUUGUAUUUUAAAAAGAAAUCACAGAAAACGAGGGUGGCAGGGGAGGGGAGGGAGGGAAAGCACAGAUUUAUUUUUGUUACGGGUAUCUGGCCUUUAUAAACACUUGCUUUCCCUGUUCCCGUGUCCCAGUCUCUGCUCCAGUGUUGUGCUCCCUCCUCCCACAGCUUUCCAGUUGAGUCCUGGGGCCACAGGUGGGGGGUUUCUCUGGGGAGGGAGGCUGGGCAUCUCCCUGAAGAUUAGGGCACCCUGAGACAUCCAGCUCCGCAGCCCAGGACUCUGCCAGGAGGGCAACGUGCUCCUCAUCCAGCAGAGAAGCCACAGAGCCUGUAGCAAGGGCAGAGCUGUCUCCUCAGUGGACUUUCCCUCUUUGCCUUUUGUCCAGGAGGCUCCUUCCCACAGCCCCUUAAACCUUCACUGCAGGACAAAGGUACGAGCACACGUCCCCGGGUGUGACAGCCCAGCAGCUCCGGGCUGUGAGCAGUGUGGCUCCAGGAGUGCCCGGGCACAGACCACCCACCCCCGCUGGGGAGCAGCCCCCACCCACCAGAGGUCCUGGGAGAGGCACAUGGAAAACCCUGGUCUCUGCUUGGAGCUCUUCCCAGCACGAGGCUGUCCCGGGGCAGGCACAGGCAGCGCGACCUGCAGCUCCCGCUUGGUGCGUGGGGCUGGGGAACAUCCAGCCUGGUCCUCUUGACUCCUGGUGCUUUUUUGGUCCAACACCUUAUCUGUGGCCUCUCCCAAAGAGCAGCAUUUGCCUGGAGCCUGGAAGAAACGCUGCCUUGCCAACAAGGAUGAAUCUGGAGAAAGCCAGGGGCUGUCCUGGGCUGGGGUGUUGCCCUGAUGCCACGGGCGAGUGCAGGGGUGGCCACCGGGCAGGACAGGAGGCCCCAAGCUCUUAUGCGUCAGCCCAGGUACAGCAACCUAGAGAUCCUUCAUCUCUGGUGGAACCAAAUGCUCCUUGGCAGGGUGCUCCUGAGAGCUCUGGCCAUAUUUUGUGUGCUCAGGAUGAUAAAUCCUGUGUGUGUCUGAUGCCUUAGUGUCACAGCCAGAGGUUCUGCUGACUCACCUGGAACAUUCCCAGAGCAAGGUCACAGCAGAAGUGAUUUGCUCCUUGAUUUUUUAGCAGGAAGCUGAGCUGUCUUGUCUUUGGACAACAAACCUCCCUGAGACCUCACCUGCAAGCCCUGUGAUGCCAUGCUGGGGGCAUUUCCCAAAUGUUUUUGUCAAACUCACAGCCUCCUUGCUCUUGCCUGCCCCUUACAGCUCUCUGGUGUGGCUGUUUGGUGCUGAAAAGUCUCUUGGAAGUCUGGACUUCUCUCCCUGGAUCUCGAUCUGCUCCUGCUCAGGUGGAUGCAGUGAAGAGCAGUCCCACCUCCAGGCCUGCUGGGGGUGUCUGCCCUUCAGUGCUUUGUGUGAACCUAAGGGCCCUGUGCUGGGCUUGGUGGUGUCACAUCUCCAAAGGGAUUUAGGGACUCACAGCCCCCUCGUUGCUGGCGGGUUGUGUGUGUGGGUUCACACAUGGGGUGUCCUCUAGGAAAAGGAGCUGCUAGGCUAAGGUGCUAACCUGCUGUGAGCAGGAUGCAAAUCUGUCCUUGGGGUUUGCCUCUGAGCACGUCUGCCUACAAAAAGGGCAAGUUGGGUAAAUCCUUUUUUUGCCCUGAGCCAUUUCUAGCAACGAAGCCAUGCUUUGGAGCAGGGCAGUCCUGCUUCCAGGGGUCCCUGCUGUGAGUGGGACCUGCUGGGCUGCCAGGUGGACAGAGCUCACACAUGACCUUUUCCUGCAAACCUUAAGUGGUGGUUGGAUCUAUGCACACUUGGGGCCUUUGGCUUUUGCUCCACCAGGUCCCCAGCUCUGUCCCCUGCUGCCAGGAAGGUGCUGCAUGCUCGAGCGUCUCUGCCUUAUCACAAAGCCCCGACAGGGAAGGGGCUGCCAGGAUGAGGGGUGGGGGGGAGAAGAAAAUACUUCCCGGUGGAAAAGAGUGACUUUUGGUUCUCAAACCCCAGUCUUCCUGCUAACCAGCUUAUGCAAUGUGUGGAAAGAAGCUUGUCCUUUCCACUUGGCCUCUGGGCAGCUCCAGCUUCCCUGUGGGGUUUAGCUCUUCGUCUGUCUGGCCAGAGCCUGCAGGAUCUGCUGCUUUGGCCUGGCUGCCUUUCCCUGUGGGUCCCUCAGGAGCACCCAUGCUGUGCCUGCUUCCCAGUGCUGGAAGGUUCUGCAUCCCCUACAUCUUCCUUCUUGCUUUCUUGGAAACAACUUUUUAAUAAACAACCUUCCUCAGCUCCACAGCAAAGCUUGGCCUUCAUCUGUGUGAUCAAGCCCUGCUGCAAACUGCUCUCAUGAAGCAACAUUGAGGAGCAGAAACACCAGGAGUGGUUAAUAACUCUUCUGACCUUAAGCAAAUUGUUAGUCCUGGCUCAACAUCCUUUGUGAUGAAGGCUGCACUGGGCUUUUCAUGUGAAGGCCUUACCUGACAGAUGAGACAGACAAGGUGAAUUCCCCUGAAUCUGGUUGCUAAGACUGGGAUCAGUGCUAUCACCAUCAUCAUUUUUAAAAAAAACCACACCUUUUCCUUGAUGUUAAGCUUGGAGGUAUGGUUAGUUUUUUGGUUUGGUUUGGGUUUUUUUGUUUGGUUGUUUUUUUCCCCCCUUUUUUUUGUUUUUUUUUUUACAUUCUAGCAUUAAUUUAUGGCUGAGUUUCAUUCAGUCCUGUAUUCAGAGGUGCAGCACAGCUCUUAGUGAUGUCUGUAACAUGGUACUGUAGAGUAGCCCAUUUGUAAAACAAAAAGAACAAAAUGGAAAGAAAAAACAAACGAAGGAACCACACGUAACAGAAAACCUGGGGAAAAAAAAAAAGUAAAUGGAGUAUUUUGUGGUAUGUACAACACAAAUUAAUUUUACACAAAGAUGUUUCUAGGAAAAUGAAAUCCUGAUAAUUCAUACGAUUUGUAUGACCAAAUAAAAGCUUUAUUUUACCAA